GGGGGCACAGAGGGAGGGGGGGAGAAGCACAGACUGCAGGGAGGGAGUCGGGCAGAGCAUCCCCACGGCAAUGUCCAAGGGCUUGAAGAAAAAAAGCCACUGGACGAGCAGAGUCCACGAGAUCGUGAUCGUGAGGAACCCGGAGGGACAGCUGGGCUUCGAGCUGAAGGGGGGCGCCGAGAAUGGCCAGUUCCCCUACCUGGGGGAAGUGAAGCCCGGCAAGGUGGCCUAUGAGGGCGGCAGCAAGUUGGUGCCGGAGGAGCUGCUGCUGGAGGUAAACGAGACCCCCGUGGCCGGGCUCACCAUCAGGGAUGUGCUGGCCGUGAUCAAGCACUGCAAGGACCCCAUCCGCCUCAAGUGCGUCAAGCAAGGAGGCAUCGUUGAUAAGGACCUUCGUCACUACCUCAAUCUGCGGUUCCAGAAAGGCUCGGUGGACCAUGAGCUCCAGCAGAUCAUAAGAGACAACCUCUACCUCCGCACGGUGCCAUGCACCACAAGGCCACAUAAGGAGGGGGAAGUCCCUGGUGUGGACUAUAUUUUCAUCACUGUUGAAGAUUUUAUGGAAUUGGAGAAAAGUGGUGCUCUCCUAGAAAGUGGAACAUAUGAAGACAACUAUUACGGCACUCCAAAGCCUCCAGCAGAACCGGCUCCGUUGCUGUUAAAUGUGACAGACCAGAUCCUCCCAGGAGCCACUCCCGGGGCUGAAGGCAAACGUAAAAGGAAUAAGUCUGUGAGCAAUAUGGAGAAGACAGGCAUUGAACCACCAGAGGAAGAAGAGGAAGAAAGACCUGUGGUCAAUGGAAAUGACGUGACAGUAACACCAGAAUCAAGUGAACAUGAAGAGAAGAGUACAGCUGUCUCGGGUGAGGCAUCUACCACCCAGCCUUGUCCUGCACCAGGAUAUGGUCAGCCUGAAGAAGCAAAGGAGGAUAUGGAUGUAACAAAACAGACUAAACCUGAAGAGAAUGAUGACUUGGGCCCACUGCCUGAUAACUGGGAAAUGGCUUAUACAGAAAAGGGGGAAGUCUACUUUAUUGACCAUAACACAAAGACAACAUCAUGGCUGGAUCCACGACUUGCGAAAAAGGCUAAACCUCCAGAAGAGUGCAAAGAAAAUGAGCUUCCAUAUGGCUGGGAGAAAAUUGAUGAUCCCAUUUAUGGCACUUAUUAUGUUGACCACAUAAAUAGAAGAACUCAAUUUGAAAACCCUGUCCUAGAAGCAAAAAGGAAGCUACAGCAGCAUAACAUGCCCAACGCAGAACUUGGAACAAAGCCUAUGCAGGCCCAAGGUUUCCGAGAAAAACCACUCUUCACCCGUGAUGCAUCACAGCUGAAGGGGACUUUCCUCAGUACAACUCUUAAGAAAAGCAACAUGGGUUUUGGAUUUACCAUCAUUGGUGGGGAUGAGCCGGAUGAGUUUCUCCAGGUGAAGAGUGUAAUUCCUGAUGGGCCUGCUGCACAAGAUGGGAAAAUGGAAACAGGUGAUGUGAUUGUCUAUAUUAAUGAAGUUUGUGUCCUUGGACAUACUCACGCAGAUGUAGUCAAACUCUUCCAGUCUGUUCCUAUUGGUCAGAGUGUCAACUUGGUGCUAUGUCGUGGAUACCCUUUGCCCUUUGAUCCUGAAGAUCCUGCCAACAGCAUGGUGCCACCCCUUGCAGUAAUGGAGAGGCCUCCGGUAGUGGUAAAUGGAAGACAUAACUAUGAAACUUAUUUGGAAUACAUUUCUAGGACUUCUCAGUCUGUUCCAGACGUAACAGAUCGACCACCACACUCCUUGCACUCCAUUCCAGCAGAUAGUCAGCUUGAUAGCACAUUCCCACCACCUGCCCAUGAUGAUAAUGUAUCAAUGGCUUCUUCUGGGGCCACCCAAGCUGAACUCAUGACCUUAACCAUUGUGAAAGGGGCCCAGGGCUUUGGCUUCACUAUAGCAGACAGUCCUACAGGACAGAGGGUGAAGCAAAUUCUAGACAUUCAGGGAUGUCCUGGUUUGUGUGAAGGUGACCUCAUUGUUGAGAUCAACCAGCAGAAUGUACAGAACCUGAGCCAUGCAGAAGUAGUGGAUAUACUUAAAGAAUGUCCUGUUGGAAGUGAAACUUCUUUGAUUAUCCAUAGAGGAGGUUUCUUUUCUCCAUGGAAAACUCCAAAGCCUAUGAUGGAACGAUGGGAGAAUCAAGGCAGCCCUCAAACAAGUGUGUCUGCUCCAGCUAUGCCACAGAAUAUUCCCUAUCCACCCACUCUUCACAGGAGUUCAUUUCCUGAUUCAACAGAGGCCUUUGAUCCACGAAAACCUGACCCAUAUGAGCUGUAUGAGAAAUCAAGAGCUAUUUAUGAAAGUAGGCAACAAGUGCUGCCCAGGACUGGUUUUCGAGCGGAUUCCUCUGGUCCCGAUUACAAGGAGCUGGAUGUUCACCUUCGGAGAAUGGAGUCUGGGUUUGGCUUCAGGAUCCUGGGAGGAGAUGAGCCUGGGCAGCCUAUUCUCAUCGGAGCAGUAAUUGCCAUGGGCUCAGCAGACCGAGAUGGUCGUCUCCAUCCUGGGGAUGAGCUGGUGUACGUAGAUGGGAUUCCAGUGGCCGGCAAAACCCACCGAUAUGUGAUUGAUCUUAUGCAUAACGCUGCCCGAAACGGGCAGGUGAAUCUUACUGUGAGGAGAAAGGUGCUACCCACAGAGUCCUCCAGCCAGAAAGGUGCCCCCGCGCCCGGUGCGACGCCCCCUCGCAGCUCCCCCAGCGCGAGGAAAAUGGCCAAUAACCAAGGAGAACCCUGCCCAGAGAAUGGCAGAAGCCCAGGCUCGGUGUCCACGCACCACAGCUCUCCAAGAAGUGACUACACGACCUAUGCCAACAGCAAUCACGCGGCCUCCGGCAGCAGUGCCACUCCUCCCGAGGGCUUCGCGUCGCACAGCCUGCAAACCAGCGACGUGGUCAUCCACCGCAAGGAGAACGAAGGCUUCGGCUUCGUCAUCAUCAGCUCCCUCAACAGGCCCGACUCUGGCUCCACAAUAACUGUACCCCAUAAAAUAGGGCGGAUAAUUGAUGGAAGCCCUGCGGAUCGCUGUGCAAAACUUAAAGUUGGAGACCGGAUCUUAGCUGUGAAUGGCCAGUCUAUUAUUAACAUGCCUCAUGCAGAUAUUGUGAAGCUAAUUAAAGAUGCAGGUCUCAGUGUAACUCUUCGCAUCAUUCCUCAGGAGGAGCUGAACAGCCCAGCCUCGGCCCCCGGCUCGGAGAAGCAGAGCCCCAUGGCCCAGCAGCACAGCCCCAUGGCCCAGCAGAGUCCCCUGGCGCAGCAGAGCCCCGUGGCCCAGCACAGCCCCGUGGCCCAGCCGCCACCUCCACAGCCCCUCCAGCCACAGGGACACGAGAACAGUUACAGGUCAGAAGUAAAAGCCAGGCAGGACGUGAAGCCUGACAUCCGGCAACCCCCGUUUACAGACUACAGGCAAUCCUCCACGGACUACCGGCAGCCCCCGCUGGACUACCGGCACCCGCCGGUGAUGGAUUACCAGCAGCCACCGCCGCUGGACUACAGGCAGCCCCCGCUGAUGGACUACAGGCAGCACUCCCCCGACACCAGGCAGUUCCCCCUGUCCGAGUACAGGCAGCCCCAGGACUUUGAUUAUUUCACCGUUGAUUUGGAGAAAGGAGCCAAAGGAUUUGGGUUUAGUAUCCGAGGAGGAAGGGAGUACAAAAUGGAUUUGUAUGUGUUGAGGUUAGCAGAAGAUGGACCAGCAGUAAGAAAUGGAAGGAUGAGGGUAGGAGAUCAAAUAAUUGAAAUCAAUGGAGAAAGCACAAGGGACAUGACACAUGCCAGAGCAAUAGAGCUAAUCAAGUCUGGUGGCAGGAGAGUGCGACUGUUGUUGAAACGUGGAACAGGCCAGGUCCCAGAAUAUGACGAACCAAACUCCUGGAGUGCUCCCUCUGCCACCUCCCCAGGUCUGCCGGAAGUAGCUCUUUCCCUCGACGACAUAAUCUCACCAUUAUCUUCAUCACACAUAGCCCCACCCUCUGACCCUUCUCACCAGAUAAGCCCAGAACCAACAUGGGAUAUCAAGAGGGAACACGAUGUAAGGAAACCAAAGGAGCUUUCGGUGAACGGUCACAAAAAGAAAAGGUUAGGAGAACAAAGAGAAAGGUCAGCAAGUCCUAAAAAGGUAGACAGGUCAAAGCACGAAGAGGCUUCUUGGAAAGGAUAUUCAGGAGGCAAAAGUAAGACCACUGAUGGUGGCAGGCCCACCUCAGAGAGCAAAGCGGUGGGACACAGCGUUAUGAUCGAGGCUGGCGCAAGAGAGCACGUGUGUGCUGGAACCAGUGAUGAACAGUUUGGGAGGCUGAGGAAGCCAGAAAGCAAGAGAGGAGGAUCUCUUAGCAAAAAAGAUCACAGAUCCACAAACACCUGUGAGAAGUCAGCUGCAGCACCUGACCAUGUCAAGACCGAUACAGGAGCUACCAAGACUUACAGUAGCAACCGCUGCAGCUCACCUGGAAGUGAUAUGGACCACAGCCAGAGGGACCCUGAUGGGAAACCCAGCGAGUUCCCCAGGAAGGGACAUCUCCACUCCAUUAGCACUCGCAGCACCAACACCACAGUUCGAAAGGCAACGGUCUCUCCAGGGCCAUGGAAAAUCCCUGGCUCAGAUAAGCUACCAAGCGUCCUGAAGUCUGGUACUUCUGCCAUGAGCAGAUAAGCAAGGGACUGUUGCCCUCUAACUGUCUCAAACUGACGCAGAACAUUCUUCUUAGUUUUUGUCUCACAUUGGUUUGUUUUAAUUUAUUUUAACUAUCACACAUAUACACAAAGCAUUGAGGAAUGAAAACAUUAGUGUGUAAUUCCAUGACAAUGUGCACACUAUCUAAUAAGUUCAAAAGCAUAUAGUCAACACAGAGAUUUAAAAUCGACCCUAAAGUCCCAGUUCCAUUUUAGGGACUUUGGCAGCUAUGGAAGAAACCAAAACAAUAUGAAGGACAGUACAUCAGAGAAGGAUAGUGCAGUGUAGCUUUAGCGUUUUUUUCCCACUGCAUGAAGGACUUGGAUUUCAUUCAAACUUUAUAUCAAGAAACUGGAACAAGUUAGAGCAAUCACAAACUGGAACAUCGCCUUAAAUAAAACUGCACGGAGCAAGCUGAAACCGAGAGAGGAUCUUUUCAUGGAGCUAAAAUGUUGUAAAUAAAUUGUUCUCGACAUAUCUAGACAGGGGUUAAAGGGUUUCUUUAAAGCAUCGUUCGGAACUGUACACCCAUGACACGUCUCCACUGUUAACGCUUUGGGAUAGUCCUCGUGGUACCCUGUAGAAUAGUUCACUGGGUGCUACGGGAGGAAUGGGGAAUCCAGUGGAUAGUUUCUGUGAUACCAUUUCUACUGCCAUUUUUGUGAACAAACCAUGUUUCUGUACAUUGGAAAGGAGUUAAGGUGGAGUUGUAUUUGCAAAUUAUUCUCAAAAGUGAUUUAUUACAGGUUCCCCAAGUCCUGCAAGGUAGCACACAAACCAAUUGGUCAGGCUCAAACCCCAGGCAUCUGCAAGGCCCUUGCAAUGAAAGGAAGAGUGCUACAGAGAAAAAGCUGCAGUUUCCUUAAGGAAAGGCCUUUCCUUCCUGCAGAAGAUGAUAGCAUCACUUAUCAACAGUGCUAUGUUUCAUACCCAUCUGCAUUUACUUAGGACACUUUCACCUCUCAUCCCCUCAGUUUGGCAGAGCAGGUGCCUUUCAGGCACAUGUCAACAAUAAUUAGACUGGUUUCUGAAAUACAGUUGUCGGUGUCCUCAUUCACUAAAUUCAGUAUUUUUCCAUUUUUAAAAUGGUUUCCAUUUUACCAUCUUUUCCCUAUCUCAAUUUUUUUUCUACUUUUUGUUUUUAUCUUUCUUGCUUGUCUGUUUUGAAUUUUAAGCCUUAAGUGCCAGGUAAACAUUCCAGUCUGCCUUCACAGGAAAUAACUCCGAGUUCAGUCAAUCAGUCAUUAUCUUGUUUCAAACAGAUGUGUGUGUGUCUGUGUAAGUGUGCGUAUGCUUAUUUGUCUGUCAAAAUUACAACAAAAUCCUGGGCAAUAAUACAUUGGUAAUUAAAAAAAAAAAUCGUAAAAGCUAAGUACUGUCAAAGAUUCAUAUUUAAAAAUUACUGUUCACUAGCAAUCUUAGUUCCUCACACGCUCUGCUGAAAAACUAGAUUGAGAUUGGCUUUGUUCCAAGAAAUUAGCACAUUACUGUAUGUCUCAAACAUUGCACUGGACUGCGAAAUUUAUAGACAUGUUUCUUCCUGUCCAAUUAUUUGAAAAGCCUCAAGUCAAGGAUUUUGCAGCUUUCAAACAUUUUUUUUUAAGAAAGAAAAAUCCAUUUAUAAUUUCUAAAAAAGCACAAAUCCAUGUAGCUGUUUAUAAAACUCUUAUUUAAUGGAAAAAAAGAUCUUUAUCCCCUGAACUAGAAUCCAAUAUAAUUUGCCAUUAAUUUAUUGAAUCUGAUUUUGGACAAUGCUUCUGUAGUGUAGAUGCACGUCCCAGUAUCUUAUUUUUAUGUAUAAAGAAAGCAAACAAUGAAAUCUGAAAAACAGUUGAGAUUAUGCUUGCAUAAACUCUAAUUUGCACAGUUCACAGCUACUCCUUGUGCAGUAAUUGCUUUAUGCGGCUGUAAUCGAUAACCUGUGAAGACAGCACAUCAUCUAAACCCCAUUCCAAAUAAUAUUUCUGUGUAGUGUUAGCUGUGAAUUUACCUUGUACAGCUCUAUCUCUAUAAAUAUAAUUCCAUGUAUUAAUAGUCACAGAAAGGCUGUAAGUGAGCAACUAUUUUUAUGAAACGCACCACUAUGGAUAAAUUAACUUUUACAGAAAUCUUGUUUACUGUAUGAUAUUCUAAACCACUGUCAAAUAAAAUAUAUAUCCAAAAAUCUUUCA